GCAGGCAGCACCAUCAUCAUCAACAAUAACAGAAAUAAUAAAAACAUGAAGUAGUAUAAACACCAGUUAAAGGGUGACAACUACAGCGUAUAUUAUAUACACAUAUAAACACGCAAAUUUAUACAUACAUACAUACAUUAUAUUUCUAUCUAUCUAUCUAUCUAUCUAUCUAUCUAUCUAUCUAUCUAUCUAUCUAUCAAUCAAUCUAUCUAUCUAUCUAUCUAUCUAUCUAUCUAUCUAUCUAUCUAUCUAUGUAAUUGCGUGUGUGUGUGUAUGUAUGUGAGUGAAUCUACGUACUAUUACUUGUAUGCGAAUAUAGUCACAACAGAUGAGUUUAGAUACGUACAGCACGGGAGCAGCGCGCGUAUAGUGAAACUGCAGUGAGAUAGAGUGAGAGAUAUUUGGAGGCAGCAGAUGAGGUUGGUUUUAUUUUUCCACUACCACCACCACCACCACAACCACCACUACCACUACCACUACCACCAUCACCACCACCUGAUUUGAGAAUCUAGUUGCUGCCUUACCUCCACUUUGCUCUAUAACACGUUCGGAUUAUCCAAAAUAUAAAACACAGAUAGAGAAGGAAAGAAAGAGAGAGAGUAGGAGAGACAUCUUGUAAUAGAUUAUUACAAAACCAAACUCUAAAAUCAUACAUAUAUAUAUGUAUAUAUAUAUUAAUUCAUAAUAUAUAUAUAUUCACAUAUCUAUCUCACAAUAUAUAUAUAUAUAUAUACAUAUAUAUAUAUAUGUCAUUCUGCUCCUUCGCUUCUUGGCUGUUUGAAUUCUUCCAGUGAAGAAAAGUGCGAAGGUGGUUCAACUCUCGCAGUUUCUCUUGCUUUCCACUCCUUAUAAUAUCGGACAAAACGAAUGCUAUAGAGACAAAACAUGGCGACCAAAGAAUCUCCAGUUUCUCCCGAGGAGAAAAAACCAGACGAAAAUGCCGAAGUGAAUAAAGUAUUUAAGGAGUUUGUUCGUGUUUCGUCGGUUGGCAAAAAAUUGACACCAGAUGAACUAAAGCAAAUGAACUGCAAAGCCUGCGGGAAGCUUGUUCGUAAGACCCUACCGAAGGAAGUGCAAACAUUUGCUGACGCCUGUGUCUUUCCAAAAUACAAAGAAAAGGGGAAACAAUACAUGCAUAUUUCAAAGUUCCCUUUAUUCAUCGCUGAUUGCGCCUAUGAAUAUGCCAAAGUGAAGACAAAGAAUACGAAACUGAGCCGAGAGGAUGAAAGUGUGGAGAAGUACACCAAUGAAUUUCGUGAGUUAAUCAAGAAAGGAACUCCCGGAGUUAAAGAAAUUAAAUCUCCAAAGAUUGUUUCGAAUUUGACCGAUACGUCUCGAUAUACGGGUUCCCAUCGGGAAAGAUUUGACAGUUCUGGGAAAGGUAAAGGAGCCAGUGGACGUGCUGAUAGACCUGAUAAAAGUGGAUAUGUGACCGGCUACAAAGGUUCUGGUAAGUCAGAAAACCAAGGAACUCCUGGGAAAACUGCAACUAAAACAGGAACAAGAACGCCAAAAGAUACACCUGAUAAAGGUAGACUAGGGGACAAAUCGAAAGACAAGAUGAAGACAAAGGCAGCUGAUAAAUCCCCAAUCAAAAGCCCAGAUAAGUCACUCAAUUCGUCUGCUCUUAAAACAGGUACAAAAUCGCCAGAAAUCGCACCAGUAAAAAGUCCAUUAAAGUCGCCAAACUCACUACCUACAGGUAAUCGUUCUCCGCAGCCGCCGAGCCCCGUUCCUGAAACCAUUCCAGAAAAAUUGCCAAGCCCAAUUCCAAUCUUAAAUCCAGAGAUACCUGCUGGUCCUGUUGAGGGUUUAAACUUAUCAGAUUCUGGUUAUAUUCGAGAUUCAGAAGUAUCGCCAGUUAUAUCAAAUGAUGGGCAAGAGAAAUCUCCAAACGAUGUGAAACCUAAGAGCUCUGAAAUACCAACUCUGAGCCCUGAAAAGGCACAAUCUAUGAUACCAACCAAAAGCCCUGAUAUAUCUCCCAACAAGUCACCAACUAAAAUCCCAAAUGUGUCAUCAAAUACAUCCCCUAUUAAGAGCCCCGAUAAAGCUCCAUCAAUGAUCCCAACUAGGAGCCCUGAUAUGUCUCCUACUAAAGCCCCAACAAAGAGCUCAGAUACUUCACCAAGUAUAUCUCCCAAUAAGAGCCCAGAAAAAGCUCCGUCUAUGAUACCAACUAGAAGCCCAGAUGCACCUCAGAGUAUGAUCCCUACAAAGAGCCCAGAAAAAUCCCCAACAAUGAUACCAACGAGAAGUGCCGAAAAGUCUCCUAGCAUGAUUUCCAUUAGCCCAGAAAAAUCUCCUAGUUUCGUAGCAGUGAGUUCUUCUGGACCUUCGUCAAGUCCUUCACCACAAAGCUCACCUGAAAAGUCUCCAGUGAUGAAUGUUACUGAUAAAUCUCCUCAGACUUCACCAGCGAUUAACUCGUUUGAAAUGAAGAAUGGGAAACCAGCAUGCAUGAUUCCUGUCAAGUCACCUGUGAAAUCCCCAGUUUCACCAACAGAAGGAGACAGUAGUACUUCUGAGAAGAUAGAGGAUAUCUCUCCCGAGAAAUCUUCUCGAUAAACCGAUGAACUGAAAAUCUCCGUGGAUCGUUAACUAUUUAAAUUAUUUAUGGCUAAGUUAAAAAUAUAUAUAUAUAUGUAGAUAUAUAU